AGGCCACUAAAAUGAAAUUUCUAGAUCUAGCAGUCCCCAUCACCUUAACUAGAUAAAGAUCAUCAAUUUCUUGCUUCGUCAGCAACACUUGACCGACAGACACCACGGAUCGACCUCGCAGCCGUCUCCUCCCAGUCCGGCAAGGCAAGAUGAACGACCUCAUGACCGACUCCUUCGUCGCCGCGGCGGCCAAGGCGCAGCACGGCGGCGCGCCUGCCUCAUCCGCCGGCGGCGACGACCCGGAGCUCCGCGCGUUCCUGGCCGAGGCGGACGCGGCCAAGGCCGAGAUGGCCGCGCUGCGGGACGAGCUCUCCCGGCUGCGGACCGCGCACGAGGCGUCCAGGAACGCCGUCACCGUUGGCUCCAGCGGUGGGCGCGCCGCCACGCAGGCCGCGCUCGUCCGGCUCCUCGGCUCCGCGCGGCGCCUCCGGGCGCGCCUGGCUUCCAUGGACCGCCGCACGCCUGCCCCCGCAGUCCAGGCCGUGGCGGGGCUCCGCGGCCGCGUGCACGACCUCACCGGGGACGCCCAGGCCCUACGGCGCCAGGUCUCCGCCGAGCGGCGUGAGGACGCGGCCCGGCGGUACCUCGCCGUCGCCGGGGACGCGCCAACCGAGGAGCAGCUGGACCGCCUCCUUGCCAACGCCGCCGAUUCCGACGCGGCGAUGCGGGCAGCGCUGCUGUCCGCCCCGGCGGCGGUGGCGGAGGAGCAGCAGGAGGCGGCGAGGGAGGUGGCGGAGGUGGAGCGCGGCCUCCUGGAGCUGCAGCAGGUGUUCCUGGACAUGGCGGCGCUGGUGGAGGCCCAGGGCGCGCCGCUGGACGACAUCGAGCGGCACGUCGCGGCGGCCGCGGGCGACGUGGGCGCGGCCGAGGCGGAGCUGCGGGAGGCCCGGAGGCUGCAGGGCGAGGCGCGGCGGAGGCGGGUUUGCCUGGCCAGCGGCAUCGCGGCACUGCUGCUCGUCGCCGUAGCCAUUGCUGUCGUGGCGGCGCUCGUGCUGGCGCACAGGGGCGGCGGCGGGAACCUUCUGCUGCAGAUCGGCGCGGACUUGCCCGUGCGGUGAAAUUUGGUUUCACCUUGGGAUCACGUGGUUUCUUUCUGGAGUGGUUUUUGACAGUAAAAUUAAUGCCUGCGUUCGGCUGAUUAA